CUUUACUGAGCAUGCGUUGGAAAUGCUAGCAGCUCCAGUUAGCAUCGUUUGGAACUGACACCUCGUUUGUUUUAAUUGUAAUUUAACUUUAAUAUAACGGUGAAGUUUUUGAACGGCUGCGGCGCCUCGUUGUUUACAAACAAUUAAAACUUUUUAAAAAGCAAGCAGCAGUUAGCUUGUUGUUGUUUUCAGUCUGUGUGAUGCGGCUCAUUUAGCUACAAGCUAACAGCUGCCGGUGGGCGGCCGAUCAGAGGAUGAUAAAGUUUGUGCUGAUGGUGAACCGGCAGGGUCAGACCAGGCUGUCCAGGUAUUACCACCCCGUGGAGCUGAGCAGGAGAGCGGUGCUGGAGGCCGACGUGGUCCGCUGCUGCCUGAGCCGCAAGAAGGACCAGUGUUCCUUUGUGGAGUACAAAGACUUUAAACUGGUUUACCGACAGUACGCCGCCCUGUACAUCGUGGUCGGAGUCACAGACAGUGAGAACGAGCUGUCCGUCUACGAGCUGGUUCAUAACUUUGUGGAGGUUUUGGAUAAAUACUUUAGCCGAGUGAGUGAACUGGACAUCAUGUUCAACUUAGACAGAGUUCACAUCAUCCUGGACGAGAUCAUCCAGAACGGACACAUAGUGGAGACAAACAAGAGCCGCAUCCUCGCACCGCUCACCGCCCUCGACACGAUGACCGACGGCUGAGACACGCAGAAACUGUCAGGAAGUGAUGUCACAGACUGUGCUUCAGACUGACAGUAAACUGAAGGGAAUCAAACCUGCAACCUUGUGGCGAUUCAGUUUAAAUUCACUGUAAAAGGCUGAUGUUUAAAAACCAAUACAUCAACAUGAACUCUGAUUAACAUUUUAGUUUAACAGUAACCAGGCUGUUAUCAGUUUCUGUCAUUCAGCAGGUUGAUUUUCAGUGAAAAUUGAUACUUCAUGACCAAAAACUGAGGAAGGAUUAACGGCUCGUUUCACCCGAAUUACAGAAAAAAACCCCCAUCUUAUUUCCUUCCA